AUGGUUCUUGAUCUGGAAAGGCGAGGCUGUACUCAUUACAAUAACUGGAGCCUGCGUGGGACAACUGACCUCAGAGAAACGACAUCGGCCCCAACAAAUAACCAGGCAGUAGGCAGGUUUUCUAAUACAGAAAAGGGCACGCGUUUGCCAAACCAGGUUGGUUUUACUUCGGGAGGUGCUAGAGCACGACGCCAGGAAGUUUCGAGGACCCGGCAGCCCUCCUGUGGUCCCUGCGCUGCUCAGCCACCCAGGACCAGGCGCCGCGUGGACGACUUCGGGGACUGCGUCCCGCGUGCGCCCGUGGAGAUGAACCCCCGCCCCCAACCAGGACCCACCGCUUCCCGGGACUCUGGGACCCUCGCGCUGCUUAGGGACCGACGGACCGGUCGCGGGCGCCAGGCUCGCCGCACUCGGCGGACGCAGCCGGGCGGUUCCUACGCAGGUGCGGCGCCCUGCGGGCGGGCAGGCAGGCGGGCGGGAUCCCGCACCUCGCCUCUGGGUUUGACUCGGCUCGCGCCGCCUCACGGAGCAGCGGCUGCCGGUCGGGUGCCUCCCGGGCCGCGCUGGGUGCGGAGUGGACCCGGAGCCCCCGCCUCCCUCGCGCCCGACGCCCCCUCUCUGUCUCGCUCCCCCCAGGUCUGCACGUUCUCGACCACCAUGUCUGCAGCCCGGAUCCCAGGUUGCUGCCUCGGUGCGUACGCGCCCUCCCUGGGCCCUGGUCCGCGCCACGCGCGGCGGUGGCCACCCAGCCUCGAGCGCUCGCGCCUCCCUUUCCCCGCAGGUGUCUCACUGCUGCUGCUGCUGCUGCUGCUGCUGCCGCCGGAGCCCGCGGGCGGCGAGGGAGCCGUUCCCAUUGCCAUCACGUGCUUUACCAGAGGCUUGGACAUCAGGAAAGAGAAAGCAGAUGUCCUCUGCCCAGGAGGCUGCCCUCUUGAGGAAUUCUCAGUGUUUGGGAACAUAGUUUAUGCUUCUGUAUCCAGCAUAUGUGGUGCGGCUGUGCACAGGGGGGUGAUCAGCACCUUGGGGGGACCUGUGCGAGUGUACAGCCUACCGGGUCGAGAAAACUAUUCCUCGGUGGAUGCCAAUGGCAUCCAGUCUCAAGCGCUGUCCAGAUGGUCUACUUCUUUCACAGUGACUAAAGGCAAAAGUAGUACCCAAGAAGCCACGGGACAGGCAGUGUCCACAGCACGUCCACUAACAGGCAAACGACUAAAGAAAACACCUGAGAAGAAAGCUGGCAAUAAAGACUGUAAAGCAGACAUUGCUUUUCUAAUUGAUGGAAGCUUUAAUAUUGGGCAGCGCCGCUUUAACUUACAGAAGAAUUUUGUUGGCAAGGUGGCACUGAUGUUGGGAAUUGGAACAGAAGGACCACAUGUGGGCCUUGUGCAAGCCAGUGAACACCCCAAAAUAGAAUUUUACUUGAAAAACUUUACAUCAGCCAAGGAUGUUUUGUUUGCCAUAAAGGAAGUAGGUUUCAGAGGGGGUAAUUCCAAUACAGGAAAAGCUUUGAAGCACACUGCUCAGAAAUUCUUCACAGUAGACACUGGAAUGAGAAAAGGAAUCCCUAAAGUGGUAGUUGUAUUUAUUGAUGGCUGGCCUUCUGAUGACAUUGAGGAAGCAGGAAUUGUGGCCAGAGAGUUUGGAGUCAAUGUAUUUAUAGUUUCUGUGGCCAAGCCUAUCCCUGAAGAGCUGGGGAUGGUUCAGGAUGUUGCAUUUGUUGAUAAGGCUGUGUGUCGGAAUAAUGGCUUCUUCUCUUACCACAUGCCCAACUGGUUUGGCACCACAAAAUACGUAAAGCCUCUGGUACAGAAGCUCUGCUCCCAUGAGCAAAUGAUGUGCAGCAAGACCUGUUACAACUCAGUGAACAUUGCCUUCCUAAUUGACGGCUCCAGUAGUGUUGGAGAUAGUAAUUUCCGCCUCAUGCUUGAAUUUGUUUCCAACAUAGCCAAGACUUUUGAAAUCUCGGACAUUGGUGCCAAGAUAGCUGCUGUGCAGUUCACUUACGAUCAGCGCACAGAGUUCAGUUUCACUGACUACAGCACUAAAGAAAACGUCCUAGCUGUCAUUAGGAGCAUCCGCUAUAUGAGUGGAGGAACAGCUACUGGUGAUGCCAUUUCCUUUACUGUUAGAAAUGUGUUUGGUCCCGUGAGGGACAGUCCCAACAAGAACUUCCUGGUGAUCAUCACUGAUGGGCAGUCCUAUGAUGAUGUCCGAGGCCCUGCUGCUGCAGCACAUGAUGCAGGUAUCACCAUUUUCUCUGUAGGUGUGGCUUGGGCACCUCUGGAUGACCUGAAAGAUAUGGCCUCUAAACCAAAGGAGUCACAUGCAUUCUUCACAAGAGAGUUCACGGGAUUAGAACCAAUUGUUUCUGACAUCAUUAGAGGCAUCUGUAGAGAUUUCUUAGAAUCCCAACAGUAAGGGUGGAAUUUGGGUAACUAAACAAAAAAGUGCAAGGAGAUAUACUGUAUAAAUUGUAUUCUUAUACUGAAAUACUAUAGCAUAAUAGGAUCAGAUACAUUAAACAUGUUAACAGCUACUUUAAGCAAAUAAACAUUCUUUUAAAGUUUACUACCUUAUAAUUACAACUUAGAUUUUUGACUGAGGCUUCAUAACUAUAGCCCUUAGAAAUUCAGGAAAGAGGAGGUAUCAUGGAUAUCAAAACCUUAAAAGUUCUCUAACAUGCCUAUUAAAUGUAUAGAUAUGCAGAUGCCAUAGCUCAAUAAAAGAAUCUGACACUUAGAC